UUAAAAAUUACUAGAUGGCAUUUGAGAAUUACAAAAACUAGGCUGAGGUCUGCAAUUGGAAGAGGAGAACAGCAAUGAAUAAGCUUCCGUUUUUAUGGCUUUUAGACUGGCAUAAGGUCCCAGCUGGUGAUAUGAAGAGGUGGCUACAACUGUAAUAACGACCUGUAAUCUCUCUUGAAGAAAAGAGGACAGAGCUCACAGUGAUCAUGCAGCUGGAAAGUGCAGGAGAAAAUCCUAGAAAGAAUGUUGGAGUGGCAGAACCCCAAACACUGUUUAUAAACUCUGCUUGAAUUUCUUGCAAACCCCUGAACUGUACAUGUGUGGAGCAGCCUCCAAACAGCACACUUAAGGCUAAAGGAGCAGAGAUUUCAGCUGCUGUCCACCACAGGGGAGGCAGAACUUGGAGUUUAAGUCCAGCUAAGAACCACAAUGGACACUGCCAGCCAUAGCCUUGUUCUUCUCCAGCAGCUGAACAUGCAGCGAGAAUUUGGUUUUCUGUGUGAUUGCACAGUUGCAAUUGGAGAUGUUUACUUCAAAGCCCACAGAGCGGUGCUUGCUGCUUUUUCUAACUAUUUCAAGAUGAUAUUUAUUCACCAAACAAGUGAAUGCAUAAAAAUACAACCAACUGACAUCCAACCUGACAUAUUCAGCUAUUUGUUGCACAUUAUGUACACGGGGAAAGGGCCAAAACAGAUUGUGGAUCAUAGUCGUUUGGAGGAAGGGAUUCGAUUUCUUCACGCCGACUACCUUUCUCACAUUGCAACUGAAAUGAAUCAAGUGUUCUCACCAGAGACUGUACAGUCCUCAAAUUUAUAUGGCAUUCAGAUCUCAACAACCCAAAAAACAGUUGUCAAACAAGGACUGGAGGUCAAAGAAGCUCCUUCCAGUAACAGUGGAAACAGAGCUGCUGUCCAGGGUGACCACCCCCAGUUGCAGCUGUCUCUCGCUAUUGGUCUGGAUGAUGGCACUGCAGACCAGCAGAGGGCCUGUCCUGCCACCCAGGCCCUGGAGGAGCACCAGAAGCCCCCAGUUUCCAUCAAGCAGGAGAGAUGUGACCCAGAAUCUGUGAUCUCCCAGAGCCACCCCUCACCCUCAUCAGAGGUGACAGGUCCCAUUUUUACUGAAAACAGUAUCAAAAUACACUUAUGCCAUUACUGUGGGGAACGUUUUGAUUCCCGUAGUAACCUAAGGCAACAUCUCCAUACACAUGUGUCUGGAUCCCUGCCAUUCGGUGUCCCUGCUUCCAUUCUGGAAAGUAAUGACCUUGGUGAAGUGCAUCCGCUUAAUGAAAACAGCGAGGCCCUUGAAUGCCACAGGCUCAGCUCCUUCAUUGUUAAGGAGAAUGAACAGCAGCCAGACCACACCAACCAGGGUACCACAGAGCCUUUGCAGAUCAGUCAAGUAUCUUUGAUCUCCAAAGACACAGAGCCAGUAGAAUUAAACUGUAAUUUUUCUUUUUCAAGGAAAAGAAAAAUGAGCUGUACCAUCUGUGGUCAUAAAUUCCCUCGAAAGAGCCAAUUGUUGGAACACAUGUAUACACACAAAGGUAAAUCUUACAGAUAUAACCGAUGCCAAAGGUUUGGUAAUGCAUUGGCCCAGAGAUUUCAGCCAUACUGUGACAGCUGGUCUGAUGUCUCCCUGAAAAGUUCUCGCUUGUCACAAGAACACUUAGACUUGCCUUGUGCCUUAGAGUCAGAGCUUACACAAGAAAAUGUGGAUACUAUCCUAGUUGAGUAGCAACUUCUCUUUCAGAAUUUUUAUACCAAUUCUGAAAAAGAAAAUUCGCAUGGCAUUUUUUAUUCAUAAAUUAUUUUCCUUCUCAAGUUUCAUUGACUUUUUUUCUUCACAGCUUAUCCAUGGUUUUAAGGUUAUAUAUAUUAGAUCUUCUCAUAAGACAUAUUAAUAUGUGGCUAUUAAAAUGUAACAUUCAAUUACUACUGUGAACUUUUCACAAACGAAAUUACAAUUUAGAAAUCAGAAAUCAAUGUAGAAAUAUGGAAACUUUAAAUAGUUAUUUAUAGAAUUUCUAAGUUUUUCCAGUUAUAUAAUCAGUAAAAGCAAAUUGAAUAUAAAGUAAAUGAAAUCUGUUUUAAAGUAUAUUCUAAACUAUCACUUCUGCCUACAUUUCACAUGAAUUCACUCCUACCAGGAUUAUUUUUAAAUAUUUUCUUCCAUAUAGGAAAUUAAUAGUUAUUUUAAUGCAUAACUAUAUGUUAUACAUAUGUUAUAAUGUAUAAAAUUUAUUUUAAGAUAUACCAAA